AUGGUAUGGACUAUUGAAGAAAUCAAUCAGAAUCCCUACAUUUUGCCAAACAUCACCAUUGGAUUCAAGAUUGUUGACUCGUGCUACUCUGAAGCUAGAGCUCUCAUGGGAACCAUGUGGAUGAUAACAGGACAGCAAUCACUGAUUCCCAAUUAUUGCUGCACUAUUGGAGCUCCACUUGUUGGCAUUGUGGGAGAUUUACCUUCUGAGUCAUCUAUUGCUAUUGCCAGACUCCUGGGGCUGUACAAGUAUCCACAGAUAAGUUAUGGCUCAGUUCUUCCAGUCCUAAGUGACAAGCAGCAGUUUCCAUCCUUUUUAAGAACUGUUUCAAGUGGCACACUUGAGUCUUACUCAUUAGCUCUCCUUGUCCGUUAUUUUGGCUGGACAUGGACUGGGAUUCUAGCCUCCAAUAAUGACUAUGGUAAGGAUGGAAGCCUUAAACUACAACAGGAAAUUGCUAAACUUGGAGGAUGCAUUGCUUUCAUUGAGACAAUCCCAUUGGAUUCAUCUAUCGUGGAGCUUAGCAGGAUAGCUGAAAUCAUAAGAGCAUCAAAGGCCACAGUCAUCAUUCUGUAUUCACCUAUGCUGGCUGCAGUACCUAUAUUUGAAGAAAUAGCUAGGUAUAAUAUAACUGACAGAGUGUGGGUCAUUAGUGCUGGUUGGUUCCUCUCUUCAGGUACCUACAAGGAAGAAAUAAGAAACACACUCAAUGGCUCCAUUUUGAUAAGAUUUCAUUUAAAAAAUAUUUUUAAUAUCAAACAGAGAUUAUCUGGAGUAAAUCCCAAUGUAUUCCCAAAUGACAUUUUCUUUAAAGACUUCUGGGAAGCUGUGUUUGGAUGUUGGUGGCUUGAUAACACUACUGCAAUGCAGGAUUCUCAAAUAAAACCCGUGUUUUGUCAAGGAACUGAAAAAUUAGACACUCUGCCAGAGUCCACGGUAGACACAGAACACUUUAUUGCAAUUCCUGCUGUAUAUAAAGCUGUGUAUGCAAUGGCAUACUCUCUGCAUAGUGUUUCAACUUGUAAAAAUCAAGAAUACAAUGUUAAUGGAACAUGUCAUAACAUCCGUGAUGUCCAGCCAUGGCAGAUAUUAAAGGCUGUCAGAAACAUUCGUUUCAGAAUUGUAUCUGGUGAAGAGGUUUAUUUUGAUGCAAAUGGUGACCCCCCAUCUUUAGUUGAUAUAUUAAACUUACAAGUGUCACAGAAUGGUGUUGGGUCAUAUAAAGUUGUAGGCUUGUUUGAUGCAAAUUAUCCUGUGGGUCAUCAAAUUAUUGUAAAUGUAAGCAAUAUCAAGUGGAGUGGUGAACAUAAAGAGUUUGAAUUUGUGUUUAAUAUGGUGUCUCGGGUAUCCAGCAGCCCGAGUAGCACCAACCUCUUUGGUUCACAACAACUACAAAUGGAUUUGGUGAACCUUACAGCUCUGAUAAAUGUUUUAAAUCAACGUAUGGAUACUUUUGCUUCCCGCCUUGAUAAGGUGGAUUAUUCACUGUCACAACAACGUUCUUUUCAGAACGCUAACUCCCAGGUGACCCACAGUCAACGGGUGAGUGCAGGAGACAUGGUGGGUGCUAUACCGGGCUCCAAUACCCCGAGUGAACCUACGGGAGUUGUAUCAGCUAAUAACUCUAUUCCAGCAGAUUCUACAAAUUGUGUGGCUUGCCCAUCUGAUGAAUGUCCUAAUGAGAAACGAGUGAAGUGCAUUCCAAAACUUGUACAAUUCCUCUCGUUCAGUGAUCCCCUGAGUGUAGCUCUAGGAUGUGUUGCAAGUUUCUGUGUAUCUAUCAACACCAUCAUCCUGGCUAUAUUUAUAAAAGCUAAUCACACACCGAUCGUCAAAGCUAACAAUCGUGAACUUAGUUACUGUAUUCUGGCUGCACUGUUUCUGUGCUUCCUCUCCUCCUUUUUAUUCCUGUAUCACCCAACAAAGAUAAGUUGCAUCCUUCGUCAAACUGCCUUUGGUUUUAAUUUCUCCAUAUGUGUGUCCUGCAUUCUAGCAAAAACGGUUACAGUGGUCUUUGCUUUUAAUGCCACAAAGCCAAGCAGUAGAGUGAGAAAAUGGGUGAAAUAUAAGAUAUCGUCAUAUAUUGUAAUAAUCUGCUCGGUGAUUCAGUUAUUUAUAUAUUUAAUGUGGCUGUCUACAUCACCGCCAUUUCCAGAGGUUGUUAUGGAAUCAGAUGAAUGCAUAAUGAGUUUGCAGUGCAAUGAAGGAUCAAGCAUUGCCUACUGGUGCAAGCUAGGCUAUGUUGCUGUUCUGUCCACUGUCAGUCUGACUGUUGCAUUCCUAGCUAGAAAACUGCCAGACAACUUUAAUGAAGCCAAAUUCAUAACUUUCAGUAUGCUUGUUUUUCUUAGUGUGUGGUUGUCCUUUAUUCCAGCGUAUCUGAGCACUCGUGGAAAAUAUACAGUGGCAGUAGAACUAUUUGCCAUUUUGUGUUCUAGUGCUGGGAUGAUGGGAUGUAUAUUUUUUCCCAAAUGUUACAUUAUUCUUUGGAGACCUGACAAAAACACAAAGGAACAAAUGAUGGGGAAGGCAGUAGUCAGUAAGCAGAAAAUAAUCUAA